ACAAACGCUAGUAGCGCUAGCUACAUACUUUCAAGGCGAUUUUAUAGUCAUAGAGAAGAUAUUUAUUUAAUUUAUAGUUUAACAACAAUGUCACCAGUUGAGUAUUUGAGGGAGUUUGUCAACGAGCGACUAACAGCUGCUGCUGAAGAAAUAUUCGGAGUUUUUGAAAAAACUGUGGUAGAGUAUGAAGCAGAGCUCAGCCGUCAGCGCAGGCUGCUGGAAAACAUCUGCAAACCCGGAUUAACGUUACACGGCACAGAGCUCCCACAGCAACAUGUCUAUCAGGAGGAGGAGGUUCUCCCUGACCAACCUGAGCUCUGUACUCAGGAGAGGAACUUCAGUCUGGACCAGGAGGACCCAGAACCUCCACAGAUUAAAGAGGAGCAGGAGGAAGAGCAGCUUGAACUAAAGGAGGAGACUGAUACCUUCAUGUUUACAUAUGAGGAAAGUGGCCACAGUGAAGAUCAGACACGGUACUUAAAUCCUGAUAAAACUCUAAGUGCAGCAGAGGAAAAGUCUGUAGUCAACAUACCAGUUAUCAGCUUUGUGCUAUCAGAAGCACACAGUGACCAGCAGCUCCUCUCCCACAACUUUUAUGUAGCUGAGAGCCAAAAUCAGAAAACUGGCAAACAUGGAGAUUUGGGAUCAACAAGAGACUCAGUGCCAGAACCACAGAAGAAAGAUCACAAAAGCAGAAUUCACUGUUCCAAUGCAGACAACCCAAACUUGUCAGAGAGUCACUGUAAUACUCACACAGAUAAACAGUCUUUCAAAUGUGACACGUGUGGAAAAGAUUUCAAGUAUAACUCACUAUUGCAGAGACACAUUAAAACCCACACAGGUGAGAAGCCGUACUCUUGCAACGUCUGUGGGAAAGGAUUCAGUCGAACAUCAACACUCAACAUUCACAUUAGAACCCACACAGUUGAGAGGCCAUAUUCUUGCAAUACUUGUGGGAAAAGUUUCAGUCAGAAAUCAGCACUCAACACUCACAUAAAAGGCCACACGGGUGAGAGGCCAUAUUUAUGCAACAUCUGUGGGAAAGGAUUCAGUCAGACAUCAGCACUGAAUAUUCAUAUAAGAGGCCACACAGGUGAGAAACCGUACUUAUGCAACACCUGCGGGAAAGAUUUCAGACGUAACGAUGAACUGAAACUCCACAUGAGAAUCCACACAGGCGAGAAACCGUUUACGUGCGAAACAUGUGGGAGAGCUUUCAGAGUUAGCCGUGACUUGUUAGUCCACAUGAGGAGAGCACACACCGGUGAGAAGCCGUACCUUUGCACGGUCUGCGGGAACAGAUACUUUGAUGUGUCGCAAUUGACAAGGCAUGUAAGAUCGCACUCAGACACGUAGCCUUGUAUUUGCAAAUUAUGUGGGAGAGGAAUUAGUCUGUUGGUUCCCAAAGAAGAAAGAAGCUACAUAAUUGAAGCACUCAUGGGAAAAGUUUUACUGUAUUCUUGCAUAAAAAAAAAUCAAUGUACACAGGAGAAACUAUCGAGCUGAAACUUGUGGAGAAGUGUUCACGAACUGAAUGAAAUGCACUUUUGCAGUUUUGCAGUAGUUACAUCUCUGUCACCGAAUGCAAAUGAUUUAAAUAAAGAUGAGAUGUCAGUG